GAGUUAUAAAGGAAUCAUAAAAUGACUCGAUUCUGGAUUUCAGUUCUGCUCUUUAGGACCAUGUAUACAGUCGAGUCUGAUAAACGUUGUGUUACUACAAAAUCCCCCCCAAAUCCAGAUGUUUAUCAGGCUGAAGAAAAGCUCAGUGUGAAUAUCGGAGCCUCGGCUACUCUACAGUGUUGUGUUUUAGGAAUAGAAAACGGAGAAGUUAUCUGGUUUAAGCAACAAAAUGAAAAACAGCCUCAGGUUAUAGUCAGAUUCUUUAACACAGCUGGAGAAAAGUUUUACAAAGAAUUCCAAAAUUCUCGUUUUCAAAUUAAAAGGUUUGGACACUGCUUCAAUUUGACCAUUUUAAACACCACCCUGUGUGAUGAAGCCACAUAUUACUGUGCACUCGUGUCUACUGAUGGAACUCGUUUACAAAUGAAAGGUGAGCGUGUUAAUGCUGAAACAUCUAAAGCAGCUCUGUGUGAUAAUUCAGUGGUGUGUGAACCAACACCGCAUGGAAACAACACUAACACCGACACACGACACGACACAGUGAUCGGUUUGGGAUCGGCUUUGGGUUUGUGCGCACUUCUGAUUUUCUGUCUCACUUAUUUCAUACUGAGGAGAAGAAAAGGUGAUAAAAUGAAUUCUCCAGAAAGGAGGAAGAAUUCUCAUUUCGACACUUUGACUUAUGCAGCAUUGAAGAGAAGUGAAUUUUGCUUGUCAGACAAUUUGGUGUACUCCGAAGUGAUGUAUAUGAAACUGUAUUAUAUAAAAUAACUGAUAAUAAUUGUUGUUGUUGUUGUUGUUGUUGUUAUAUCUUCCAAAUGAUUAUAAAUAAUCAA